CAACUUUCUCUCUCAUUUCAAUUCCAGAUGGACUGGUCAAGAGGCACCAUCAUAGGCCGUGGAUCAUACGCCGUCGUUUCAUCUGCCACCUCCGAUUCCGGUGACAUCUUCGCCGUCAAAUCCGCCGACCUUUCUCUCUCUCACUCCUUACAGAAAGAACAGAGGAUCUUAUCUGUUUUAAGCCAUCCCUACAUAGUCGGCUACAUUGGGCAUGACAUUACCAUGGAAAAUCACGAGCUUGUUUAUAAUUUACUCAUGGAGCUCCUUCCCGGCGGUUCUUUGGCCGAUGAAAUUCUCCGGCGAGGUCGAUUGGAAGAGUCGGUAAUCGGUUACUACACCCGCCAAAUUUUAGAAGGGUUGAAUUACAUACAUUCGAUUGGAAUAUCACAUUGUGAUAUCAAGGGAGAGAAUAUUCUGAUCGGAGAAGAUGGUGUUAAAAUAUCUGAUUUCGGUUGUGCUAAAUUGGGUCAGGAGGAGGUUGAUCAACCGAUCGCCGGCACGCCUAUGUUCAUGGCGCCGGAGACUGCUUGUGGGAAGGAACAGGGGUUUCCGUCUGAUAUAUGGGCUUUGGGUUGUACGAUAAUCGAGAUGGCUACCGGACGACCGCCGUGGCUAAACAUGACAGACCCAGUUUCUGUUCUUUACAAGAUCGCGUUUUCCGGCGAGUUACCGGUGAUUCCGGACUACCUUUCUUGUAAAGCUAGGGACUUUGUGAGUAAGUGUUUGAGUAGAGAUCCAAAAGAACGGUGGACGGCGACGGAGCUUCUCAGACACCCAUUUAUGGAUGUGGAAUUUGGAAAGGUUAGUGUUAAUGUUAAAUUGCCUUGGAAUUCUCCGACGAGUAUAUUAGAUGAAGGGGUUUGGAGUGGGACAGUGGAAGAAGAAGAAGAAGUAUCGGAAAAUCUUGCCGGGGAGUGUUCGAGUUCACCGGCGGACAGAAUCCGGCGGCUUUGUUUGUUUUCAAGACAACCACCACCACCACCAGAUUGGAGACGUGAAGAGAGUUGGUUCAUUAUUAGAGAUCAUAAUAGCACAUGAAGACAUUAUUAAAUUAGAAUCUAGUUAGAAAGAGAUAUUGUAUUUCUUGUUACU